UGGUCCAGCAGACGAUGCCCUCUCCUCAUAAAGAUCUUGUUCCUCAGCUGGCAUGGCAAGAAGAGAAAAAGAGAAACGCUCAUACACCAGACAGAAAACCUGCAAUCAUGAGUCCAGAGGUCAGCGUGAAGCAGACGCCUUUUGAAAAGUCUACGUAUGACCUCACACACAACCAAAAGGUUGUUGAUGACAUCACCUUCGGCAGACGGAUCGGUUUCUACGAACUUCGUGGGGAAAUUGGCAGCGGAAACUUUUCACAGGUCAAACUUGGCAUUCAUGACCUGACCAAAGACAAAGUUGCAGUCAAAAUCCUGGACAAGGUGCGUUUAGACAAGCGUUCACAGAAGUUGUUCCUCUCUGAGAUCUAUUGCAUGGAGAAACUGUCCCAUCCAAACAUUGUGCAGCUGUAUGAGGUGGUGGAGACGUUUCGACGUCUUCAUCUGGUGAUGGAGUACGCACCUGGAGGAGAGUUGUUCUCUAGAGUUGCCAGUAGGGGUCGACUGUCUGAUGUUGAGAGUAAACUUGUCUUCUCACAGAUCCUGUCUGCUGUAAAACACAUGCACGACAACAACAUCGUCCACCGGGACCUAAAAGCUGAAAAUAUCUUCUACACCACCACCUACUGCAUCAAAGUGGGCGACUUUGGUUUCAGUACCGAGUGCACACACGGUGAUAAUCUCACCACAUUCUGUGGUUCUCCACCGUAUGCCGCCCCUGAACUCUUUAGAGAUAGGAGUUACAUUGGGCCGCUGGUUGACAUCUGGGCUCUGGGUGUCCUGCUGUACUUCAUGACGACAGCCACGUUCCCCUUUAACGGCUCUAGUCUUAAAAGGCUGAGGUUUUGUAUUCUCAGGGGUUCUUACACCAUUCCAGCUUACAUCCCAGAUGCCUGCCAGCACAUUAUUAAGGGGGCACUGAGGCUUGUGCCCGUUGACCGCAUAUCCCUGGCACAGAUCAUGUCAAGCCCGUGGCUGAGUGGUAUUAAGUGUCCGCAGCCGUACCCACCCGCCCCGCAAACUCCCGCACACCUGGCCGAUUCCUCUCGGACGCUCACUGCAGAUGAUCAGUCGGUAAAGAUGGCAAUGAAGAUGCUGGGCAUUACUGAGACUCACCUGAGGAACAAUGCGGUGUUGGACUGUCGCAGUCCCCUGACCGGGGUUUACCGCAUUCUUCUGCAUCGCAUUCAGAGGAAGAGAUCCAUAGAGGGAACAGGAUACACGGCGCUCUGUCCCACAAACACCCGACCCAGCAGACGGUGCUGGUCAUAUCCUAUCAACAUCCAUAAGAAACACGAUGAGUCUGCAGUGUGUAUCAUUCUGUAAAGAUAUUAAAUAAGAUAAAUAUUAAAAUUGGCAAUAGCUUGAUACCUUCAAAUGUUUUGCAGUACAUGUGACAUGCUAAAUAUUUGUAAGCAUUGUGACACGAUUACUGGUCACGCAAUUUUCAUUGAAUCGCAUGUAUAGAAAAACUUUUGUUUAUAUUUUCUUCAAAUUAAAAAGUUGAUUAAAGAGGUGAAACUCAA